AGAGUGAGAAUAGUUCUUGUAUAUAUAUUGUGAUGGACUUCGAGACGAAAAGAAGUGUCAGCCUACCGAAAGUAAUCGAUCAAAUGACUGAUAAAAGAAAAAAUGGGAAUAUUCAAAUCUACAGAGAGAUUUCUAAUAAUAAUAACAACAACGACAAGAUUGAAAUACACAGUUCUACAGACAGACAGUCGAGACCAGUUGACAUCAAAUCGGGGACUCAGGAGAAAUAUAUCAGCAGUCAGUCUCUAGGAGGUGAACGUAUAAUUACAGUAUCUACGAGAAAUUUAGAAGCGCCACGUAUCAGUCGUCAAAGUUCUGCACCAGAACGCGAAACUUCAUUAAAAUUUACUUCAAUCAAUACAAACAUUAUGCCAAUCACCUUGUCCUCCAGUCCAUCUCAUGAAACUACACAUGAGUUGCUUAGUCAUCAUGAAUCAAUUUCAAGUUCAGUCGAUAAAAACGAAGAUGUCAAACAACUGGAUCAAAAAGAUGUCGCUGAUACUGAGGAAAGAUUGGAAAGGAUACGUUCACAUUUAAAUUAUUUACACAAACAUGAGACUGAACACUUGAGAAUUCUGGAAGAUAUUAUCAAGUCGCUGGAGUGUAUCAGAAAUAAACGUUCAUCAAUUGAAGUCAAAGAAAUUCGCUCAUCCCUUCAUUCAAUCGAAACUAUACAGAAAAAAUUUAUUCAUGGAUUAAAAAAUUGUCUCCAAAAUGGUGAUGUCAAGUAUCCAUAUUUCACUGAUCCCUUUAAAUUACUGAUUGGUCGACAGAUAGAAAUAUCAAAUUACGUCAAUGGGAUUUCAAAAGUUUUGAAAAAUUCAAAGUGUGAAAAACUUGGUAGUUCGCCUACUUCAUUUAGACUCCAAGAACCAAUGACCUGGAUAACACAAACAGUUGAAAAUAUCAAAAGUUUAAUGCUACUUCUUCAUGAAGACUCACCACACUAUCCCGACCUACAAAGAAUAUGCAAGCGACUUUUGGAGGAAUCGUUGACUUCAAAUGAAAGUCAUGAAGAAGUUACCGCAAAUGAUUCUGAUCGUUUAAUUAUGUGCAGCUUAGUUGUAGAAUUGGAAAACAAAUCAAAUAACCGCAAAUUACGCUAUCUAUUUCUUUUCAAGGACGCGUUAGUCUGUGCUAAACCAAAACUACCUAACAGUAUCAGAAAAAAAUUACCUCUUGAUGACCCAGCACAGAGUGAAUCCCGAUUCAGGAGAAAAAGAUCUGGUUCUGGUCAGGAGCUUGAAAUCAAAUGGUUCAUAUACACAGAAGAUAUUAGUUUACUGACGAACUCAAGAUUUGGAAAUGACGACCGGGGACGAUUACAACAACAACGAAAUCUGGAUGAAUUAAAAGAUAUGGUCCGUAAUUUAAGACAGACAGUAAUUCACAACUCAGAGGAUAGGAGACCAUCCAAAAAUACAUCAAAAUUAACAAAUCUAAGUAAACUAGAAGGUAAACUUGUAUUGGAAACUCCUCAACUCAUAUUACCAAUUGCUGAUAAAAAUGGGCGUGUACACAAUAUUCUACUUUCAACAGAAAGAGAACGAGCACACUGGCGAACUGCCAUGGAACAACAAUCAGAAAAUAAAUCAUCUGUUAGAACUGAAUCUGUGGAUAAUGCUUUAGAAAAAGUCAAUACAGAAAACCCUCAAGCAUCUAAUCGAAAUCGUAAUCCAACUCUGACAGAAUUAAAUGAACGGUUAAAAAAAUAUGAGCACACGGUUACACUGAACAAAGCUGGUCUCGCUCUUCUGGGUAAUGAUGAACCGAUAACUGGCUUUGUAAAUGCUACAGUUCACGGAAUCGACGGACUAGAAGAAAAGAACAGCUACCAUGUUUGCAUUGAAGUCGACUCUUAUGGACAAUGUGAAGAAGUGGCUCGAACAAAAGUCUUACAACAAGCUAAUCCCCAAUGGGAACAGUCAUUUGAUUUAGAAGUCGAUGGAGCAUGGACAAUAUGUUUCACUUUGUAUAUUCAUCAGGAGAUUUUAGCAGAGUUAGAAGUUCCUUUGGAUUUGGAAACACUAAAACAAAAUUCAAUGACUGCCAUGAAGAUACUGACAAAUGAAAACCCUCCAAGAGAUCUAGUUUUUACAAUAUCCUUGAAAUACAUUGAUAAAAUAAAUCUGAAUAAAAAUCGGAGAUCUGAAAUUCCAGGGAAUCUAUUCGGCCGUCAUCUUACUGAGCUUAUAAAAGUUUCAAGUGACAGAAAUAAUCAAAAUAAUACCAUAAAACAUAAAUCUGAGGCAUUUAUACCGCGUUUAGUGACUGCUUGUGUCGAAGAGAUUGAACGUCGAGGUCUAUUAGAAGUUGGAGUCUACCGAAUAUGUGGUUCCAAUGAUGACGUCAAGGCUUUGAAAAAUGAAUUUGAUGAAAGUUGUACAUUAGCCAUCCAAAGACUGUCGUUAGUGCAGUUACCAGUGAUUACAAGUUUACUGAAACAAUUUUUUCAACAGUUACCAGAAAGCUUGAUCAACUUUUCAGCUACAAAAGCUUUAGUCCAAGCAGUGGAAAUCGAAGAUGAAUCCGUUCGUUACCAAGUCAUUCAUGAUAUUCUCUAUGACCUCCCAACCACAAAUCUGGAGACAUUUAAUUACCUAGCCCAUCAUUUAAUCACUGUAAGUCGUUAUAGAGAAGAGAAUAAAAUGAAUUUGGGCAAUCUUUCCCUCAUAUGGAGUAUGACAUUAUUUGAAUGUGCACAAGAUACACCACAAUCAGUUGCAUCAAUUGGAAAAGGAAACGCCAAUUCAACUUCUCAAUUUUCUAGUAUUCAAAUUCAAGCAGCUUAUGGCUUUCAACAGGCUAAAGCGUUAAAUUGUAUUUUAACUGCAAUGAAUUCCGGUAAACUAACCAUACCUCAUCAUGAUAAUGUAAUCAGACCAGAAUAUUCAUAAUGUAUGACAAAUUUGAGUGGCAUUUUUUUAGUUUCCAGAUUCAAAGAGUGAAUGUAAUUUCUUUUUUCUUUUUAUGCUCAUUUCGUUAUUCUCAAGAAUACGAAAACAAGGAAUAAUGUUAAUUUGACCAUUCUCUCUAUAUUUAUCACACAGAGUUUGAAGUAAUAUUUCUUAGUUAUCAGCAUUGUACUUCCAAAAAGAUAUUUUUCCAUGAAAAGAUGCAGUCACUUAUGUAAGAUAAAAUUUAUUUUGUACUUAUACAUUCCUUGUCCGCUCAAAUUUUCUCAAAAUAACUCUACUGUGAUUGAAUUUGUUAUGAAUUGAUUAUUAUCAAAAAGUAAUUCAAUGUUUACUGUGU